UUCGAAGACCAUUAUCAUCAUAACCUAAAAAAAGAAAAAUUAUUCUUACGCGCGCGUCACAAGAAAUUUUUUUUUUCCAAUUUUUGUUGUUAAAAAAGGAAAACGCGCAUUGCCAUGAAUAUUGUGAUUAAAAAUUUACAUGGAAUUUCAAUAGAAAAAAGUGUUUAAAAAGAGAGAGAAUUUUUUUCUUUUUGAUACUUGUAAAUAUUUUAAUUUGAAAAAAAUUUUCUUUAUCAAAAGUUUACGCAUAUAACAAUUCUAUGUGAAAGAUGGGCGAAACACCGAAAUAUUAUGGAAGAAGACGUAGUAUCGUUCGACGAAUUGGCUCGUUUCUUCCCUUAAAACCGCCGCCAAAAAUUUAUGUCAGUGUAACACCACUUCAUUCAAUGACAAAUUCAAUGAUUAAUGAAGAAAUAAGCGAUGAUAUACCUGGAUCAAAUGGUCUUGGCCCCGGAAGUGGUCUUUUGUCAGCAAGCAAACCAGAUCUAUUGGAGCCAAUUAGUUUUGGUUCAGAGGUACGUCUUCUUGCAUUGGAACAGGAAUUACAAGAAUUACGUGAACAAAUAUCGACAAUUGUGAAAAGUACCAAACACGGACCAACACGUAACUUUGUCUCUGAACCGUCGCUCGUGAACGGAAAGGACAAUGAUAUGAAACCACCACCGCCACCGCCGCCUCUACCUCCACCGACAACUCCGCAUAUUGCACGACGAGCAAGUUUACAAGAUCAUAUUGUUGACGAUAAAAAAAAACCUCCAUUGAUUCCACAAAAAUCGAUGGGCGAUAUUUUGAAAGAUAUUGAUAAAAUUAAGCUCAAACCAAUUGCGAGAUCGCCCGGUGGUCGUCCAGUGAAAAUAAAGCAUGAAAAUAGUCCAUGCAACGAUUUACAGGAAAUUUUACGAAAACGAUAUCUCGCGAUGCGAUCACCCGAUAGUCGUGAUUCGUCGCUUAAUCUCGCGUUAGACGAUUCUUUUAGCUAGACAAUUUAUUUUUUGUCACGUGCGCACGUUACGUGACCAUUUCUUUUUGAUUUUUAGACAUUUUUUUUUUUUGCGAAUUCUGCGAAUUUUUAUUUUAAAAACUGAGACAAUCGAAUUCCAAUGUUAACUCUUAAUUUGAGAGUCUCAUGAAGGAAAACGAGAGAUCAGAUAUAAAAAGAAAAGAAAAAAAAAGAAUCAUAAACUUUAAAAAUUGAUAGUAAUUUUUUUCUUUAAAAAAAAAAAUAGAAACGAUUUUCUUUUUCCUUAGGCAUUAUAGAAAGAAAUGAAGAUGAAGCCUAGUCCUUUUGGGAGUAUUAAUAUUAUUAAAAAAAAAAAAAAAAACUCCAAGUGGCCAUAAAAAAAAGCUGUGCAUUUUUUUUUUCCUUCUCUUCUCGCUUGGAAGAGAUUUUAGUAUUUUAUCAUUACUUUCAAUAAGAGAUCACCUGUAAAAAAAUAGCUUAAAAACAUUAAUCAUCCACUUGUAUAUAGAACACUGAAAUUUAAGAAUUCCAUUUUUAUUUCUUAAUCGUGGAAUUAAGAUUUUUUUUUUAGUGAGGAGGAAAAUAAAUUUCUCACUUUUUAUAAAAAAAAAAAAAAAUGGAUAAGAAAUAUUAAUUUCAAAUUUUUCUGAAAUGUAAAUAUUUUGUUUUUUUCGUUAAUUUCAAAUUUUUUUUCUUUAAUUCACAUUAAUUAAAAAAUUGUUCUUUAAUUAAGAAUUUAAUUUUUCAAAUUCAAAGAAAAUUUUUUAAUAUGCGAAUUUCUUUUUUCAAAUGCGAAAAAUUCUAAAGAAAUUUUUUGUGCUUUAAAAAUGUAUUUAAAACAAAUUUUUAAUUUAACAUUUUUAUAAACAAAAAUUUAUACCAUUAAAAAAAUUAAUUACAUUUUCUUUUCGAUUUUUUUUUUCGAUAAAAAUCAUUUAAAAUAAAAAUUUUUUUUUCCUUUUGUUUUAAUUGCGUUUGAAAUUAUUAGUUUCUAGUUAUUAUUUUUUUUUUUCACCAAAUUACUUAAAUUUAAUGAUAAUGACUUAUAAUUAAAAAUUAAGAAGCGUUUUUAAUUAAUUUUUGAUUAGUAGAGACGAAUCUCAUUUCGAAUAAAUAUUUCCAGAGGUAGAGAGAAACUGAACGAUUCCAGUUUUAAAGACAAUUUUUUCUUAAUAGAUGCAGAAAAGAGAUUUAUUAUAUUAUAUAUAUAUUUUUUGCCGCGACAAUUUAGAGGAAAAAAAAGAAAAUUUUUUUCAGAUAUUGACUUUAAUAGAUAAAAAAAAAAAGUAAAUCUCAAAAAUGGCAAAUAAAAAAUAUAUCUGAAAAAAAAUAUCUCGCCUUGUGAUAAAUGAUAAUUAAGUCCUAAUUUUUUUUCCAGUUCGUUGUAAUCCGUCUUGUCGAGUACGAGAUACACCGAAAGGUGCAAUGUUAAAUUGUAAUGAAUUAUUACUUAAAAAAAAAGCUCACGGGCUCGUUUACAUAAUUUUGGAGACUGAACUUGUUCCGUUCUCUUUUAUGUGUAAUGAAUGUACAGAGAAGUUUUAUACCAUGAAAAUAAAAAAAAAAAACAAAAAAAAAACUUUUAUCAAAGACUCAAAAUGAAGAAAAAAACAAUAAAUAAAUAAAUGUUAUUGUUAUGCAAA